GUCUGAGAGGGUGUGUGUUGGGGGAGAGUCAGAACAAGCAGGAGGAGAGCUGUUUUCUUGUGUGUAUUUAUGUGUGAGAGUGUGUGGAAGAGAGAGGAGGGCUAUUUUGAAUGCAUACCUCAGUGAGCAAGAGCGAGAGAGGGAGGGAGGAAAGGAGGAGAGAGAGUCGCCUGUGUUGAAUGUGUCACAGGGAGAGCAAUCAAAUUGGUCCCUGAAAAUCUGUGACACAAACACAGUGUUCUCUGUGUCCAAGGGUGAGGGAGGGGGUGAGGGAGGGGGUGAGGAGGAAAGGAAGAAAGAGAGGGAGAGUGACAGACAGAAGGCUACAGAGAAUGAGGCGAAGACAAUCACAUUUACCCACUCGCUCAGGAAGCAGAUAAAGAAAACGACGGAGUCUCUCGCAUGCAUAGUUCUUCAGCUGAAACCAUAAAAGCACACAGAAGAGAGAUCAGCUGUAGCCUUGAGGAAACUGAUAACUGUCACUAAGCUGACUGAAACGGAGACACACACACACACACACACAAUCAUUUCUCUUUUCUGUUUUUUGUAGUAGCACAGAAGAUUUUUGAGUGUGUCCGUGUGUCCUGAUAGGUAGAGCAAUCACAACAUCGGACUGUGACAGGUUCUUCUCACUAUAUAAAAAGCUCUAGGUAGUUUAAAGAGUUGUAGGAGGACCAUUAAUACACAUUUGGACACGUAUUACCUGAUAGCUGAUACGGCACAGGACUUUCCUGCAAGACCAUGACAUCACAUGGCAAACUGAGGAAGGAAAGGGGGUGUCUCGCAGAGUAUGAGACACAGAUCAAAGAGGUACGUAGUCAGCUUUCGGAGCAGCUGAAAGUGUUGGAUGCACAGUUGGAGCAGAAGACGCAGCAGCUCCAGGAUCUUAGUGAUUAUCUACGCCGUCGGGGGGAGAUCGAGGCUGAGUAUGCACGCUCUCUGGAAAAACUCAGCGAGAGGUUCACCCUCAAGACCAAAAAGAAGGAGCAUAUGGACCAGUCCGUGUCCCAGUGCUGGUCAGUGCUGCUCACGCAGACCAAGCAGGAGAGCCGGGACCACAGCUCGCUCAGUGAGAUCUGCAGCACCACUUUCACCCAGCGCCUAUCUCACUGCAUCGAGGACACACACCGCCUGGCCAAGAAGAGUAAAGAAGUGGGUCUGCAGACGCAGGAUGAACUCCUAAAGGUCACCACAGAGCUGCAGACGGCUCUAAAGACUUAUCACCAGUAUCACUCUGAGUGUCUUGCUGCUGAGGGCAAACUCAAAGAAGCUGCACGACUGGAGGAGAAACAGACUGGCAAGGGGUCUGAACUUAGUGUUGGCCAAUCAGGAGGUCAGAGGCGCAGCUCAGUAAAGAAGAUGGAAAGGCUCAUGGAAAAGAGGCAAGGGAAAGUACAAGAGACCCAGCUGAAGUGCACUAAAGCUCGUAAUGACUACCUGCUGAACCUCGCAGCAGCCAACGCUGCCAUGAAUAAGUACUAUCUCAAGGACAUCUGCACUCUGAUUGACUGCACGGAUCUUGGCUACCACCUGUCUGUGACACGGGUGAUGCGUGGUUACCUGUCAAACAGGAACCGGGCACAGCAGAACCUGAAGAAUGGGCUGCAGCAGCUUGAAAGUGCAGUGAGUGCUAUGGACCAGGGCCAGGACCGAGAUGCCCUGCUGCAAGCCCACAACUCGGCCUUCUGCCUGCCAUUCCGCUUUCAGCACCUGUCACAUGAGGGAGACCAGGUUUGUGAGGUGAGUGCUGACUGUCAGGUGAGGUAUGAGAUGGAAACCAGAUACCAGCAGUUGCAGUCCAGACUGGCUACUGUUACCCUGGAAACAGAGGAGGUCAGCAAAACUCUCAAGGCAACUCAUGCUGCUCUACUGGAGAGUAUCUGUGAUGAUGACUGUAACCGCAUCCCUGAUAUCUCAGCCAGCCUAUCACAGGAGAGCACAGGCGAUGGCCCGAACACCAAGCUGAGCUUAACCAAGCGCAGAGCCAAUCAGCAGGAAACAGAGACCUUCUACUUUAACAAAGUGAAGGAGUAUCUCAGUGGUAGCUCCCUGAUUUCCAAACUCCAGGCCAAACAUGACCUGUUGAAGGAGGCCAUACAGAAAGCUGAGGCAGUUGACAGUGAUCCCUCCAGAAUGCCUUCUGGUAGGUCAGUGCGUGUGCGGAAAGCCAGGCCUUGCUCCCAGUACAACCACAAACUCUUCUCUGGAGACAUGCUGUCCUUCAUCCAGAGCUCUGGGCAGCAGAUCCCCUUAGUGGUGGAAAGCUGUAUUCGCUUCAUCAACCUCCAUGGUCUGCAUCACGAAGGCAUAUUCAGAGUGCCAGGCUCCCAGAGCGAAGUCAAUAAUAUCAGAGAUGCAUUUGAAAGUGGGGAAGACCCUUUGACGGACAGUGAGUGUGACAUUGACUCAGUAGCAGGAGUUCUGAAACUGUAUUUCCGAGACCUGGAGAAACCUCUCUUCCCAGAGGAGCGCUUCAGUCAGCUGAUGGAGUGUGUCCAAAUUGAGAACAUGGCAGAGAGGGCAGCUCAGAUAAAGCUAGUGGUCUCAUCCCUCCCCAGACCCCUCAUCAUAGUGAUGCGCUAUCUAUUUGCCUUCCUCCAUCAUGUUUCUCAGUAUAGUGAUGAGAACAUGAUGCAGCCCUAUAACCUAGCUGUGUGCUUUGGACCCAGUCUGCUGAGAGGUGGGGCCGAGUCAGGUGACGCAGUAACUCUGCAGCCCCAGAUUAAUGCCCUGGUUAAGAGCAUGAUCCUCCAGCAUGAGAGCAUCUUCCCUAGCGCUGCUGAGCUUCCAGGCCCUGUCUAUGAGAAAUGCAUGACCUUGGAGCAAGAAUACUGUGAACCUAUUACAGAGGAGGGUGAAGGAGAGACUGAACAUGCUCCAAGUGAGGAUGAGUGGGAGACUGUGGCUAUGUUUGAUUAUGUUGCACGGUCUCCAGCCGAGCUGUCAUUCAAGCAGGGGGACCACAUCCUACUCCACAGCAAGGCCUCUGCUGAUUGGUGGAAAGGAGAAGUAGGAGGAGUCAAAGGCCUCAUUCCUCAUAAGUACAUCGUUGUGCCUGAAGGGGCGGAACGAAAGCAGGAGCGAGGGAAGAGGGAGGAGAGCCGAGGUGGCAGCACGGGAAGUCUAACUGAUGAGCAGCAGCAGGCUGAACACAGCACCCGCAUGCGGGUGAACAGUGAUAGCGCAUCUCUGCCGGGAAGGCAGCGGACUGCCAGUGGAAGUGGUGCCAUGGUAGGAGAAGGAGGGGGCAGUGGAAACAUCAGUCCAAUACGCAAAUUCCCCCUACAUGUACCAGAGGGCCGGCUCUUCUUCCCAUCGCAACCACCUGGCAUGGGCCGGCAACUCACAGGUCUACAGGAACGGCGACAUACCUUGGACACCGUCAGGCCCAUUGGAGGAACAUCAGAGAGACAGCCAGUGCAGGCGGUUGAUAAGGAGGUCACUCGGCAGAUGAACUCGGUAUUCAAAGAGCUCCUUUCCCGUCAACCUCCUCUAGAAAGUAAUGUUUCACCAGCUAUGUCCUCCUCCUCCUCCUCCCCAGUGUCCAGUGCACCUUCUCGUCAGUCCAUAAGGAAGGGGGGAGGAUUUGUCCUGCGAAGUCGAGGCCUUUUCAAACCCUCUGACCAGCAGGACUGAUGGAGGAGGAUUAAAAGAAAGAGCAGAAAAUGCAUGAAUGGAAGGCAAGGAAAAGAGCUAACAUACAGCAGAGAUUAAUAUAUUUUUUCUAAAGUAUAAUAUGAUGUUUGUGAGACCUCAAUUCUGAAAAGAUUUUGUUUAUGAAAAGUGACUUUGGUUCAUGUCGUGCCAGUGACUCAGCCUGUCAUUCAUAAUGGUAUUGAAACUAUUCACUGGUCAUGUUACUGGUUUUGUUUUUGCUUAACAUAAACUUAACGGUACAGUAUUGUAGAACCUUUAUCUAUAAUUUGUUAUUGCCCCAUUACAAUGAUCAUUCAUUAUAGUGAUGUGCAGUGGAGUAACUUAAUUCUUUCCUUGCAUUUAUAUACUGUUUUUAACAUGCCUUUGCAACAGCCCCUCACGUGAGAUACUGAAUUUUUUCAACCAGAAUGCACUUGCUUGCUACAUGGCUAUGUAGCACCCAAUUUACCAAAUGCUUUUUUCAAAUAUUCUUAUGUCUUCUGGUCAAUUUCUGGUAUAUUCUACAGUUUAUUAAAUCCCUCAAGUCUCCAAGACGUUAUCUCACAGCCCACUCACAGGCGCUGUUCAUUCCCUUAAGGGGAAAUAAUGUGAAAGUUAAUGAGGGCAUGUAAAAAGCAGUUCUCGAAGCCAGUGUUUUAUUGUACUGUAACUUUCACUGUCACUGGGAUUCAUUGGUUUCUCCCUACAAACACAAAAUCCACUGCUUUAUUGCAUUAAUGCAAUGAGUUUAUCAUCUAUUACUCAGAGAGGGAACAUGGCUGUAAACAUACAUUUCCAUUCUAGCUGCAACCGGAAUAGACAACUAUUUUUCAAAAAUUAAUAUUUUUAUAGUAAUUGUUUUUUAAUGGUUAUUUUUAUUUCCAAGUUGUUUGCUUAAAUAAUUAAUUAUUUUAUUUUCAUUUUGUUAGAUGUUUAUAUUUGUUGACCUGACCUGAUUGAACUUUUUUUUUAACUCUUUCUAAAGAAGAGGAGAUGCGUUAAAACUAGACAAAUCCCUCACCUUAAAAAAAAAAAAUCAUAUUCUCAGCAACAAGCCUCCAUUUAUUAAAACAAUAUGACCACUGUUAUGAAUACAGGACUGUCCCCUGAAAAUGAUGGCAUAUGCAAUUUAAUCUAGGACUGGGCUUUGCAAAAUAGUCACAGAAGGAAAAAAAAAAGAUUAUAAAAAAAAAAAGCAGACCGAAAGUGGAAACCACUUAUUUUGGUUACAUCAUACAUUAUGUGAUUUUUACACCAUAUGUGAUUUUUUUCCAUCUAUAGUCUUUAUGCAAUCAUAUGUGUAAUGUGAAAACUUCAAGUCAAAGAUCGUUGUACAACAAGUGCAAUAAGUGACACACAUGGAGACACACACACACACACACACGCAAACAUUUCAUGUAGGAUUGGUGCGAUAACCAAACUAAGUGCAACUACAGUAUGUUGCCACACUUCACCCCACCAACUUAUCUUUGUCACACACACAAAGUCUGCUGGAUAUCUGGGAGAGACAAGUGUCUAUGAUACAUUUGAUAGCUCAGGAGAGUGGGACUGAGAUAAAGGAAGAGUUGUAGACAGGAGAGGAACUGAUUGACUGUACUGACCAAACUGUGAACGAGCUGAUGCAACCACAGGUAGUACAGCAGCACUUUCACUUCCUACUAAACCCUAGUGUACACAUCUCAUGGGUUCCCCCUGCUCUGCUCCACUCAGAAGGGGGAGAUGUUUUGACGAACAGGCAGCUUAGCCUGUAAGGCUGCAUACAGCCCAUAAAACACAAGCCAAUCUGACUGAUUGAUUUAUGUUUGUCAGUUGUUCCAGCUAAAGCAUGCAAGUUUGACUUAAAUUGAUAUUUGUGUCACUUUCAAGGAUGAUAUAAACACGAAUUGAGAAAAUACCGCAAUUCUGUCAGGCUGACAAGGUAGCUAAACGCAUUCCUUAUAGGAAGCUUGUUUAUUUGAAUAUCAAUCCGAAAGAUUGAUGUGUGUGCGUCUGGAAUCCAAGAUUUGGCUAGUUAUUAGGCCAAAGACUCUCCAAAAGCUCAAAUAUUCAGCAAUAUUAAUGGACCUAAUGCUUCCAGAGAUUAUAUGAAUUGAGGAAAAAGCAUCAUGAAAUUUGCUUUGGUCUUAUACGUGUUUUUGGUGAUAUGCAGCCUGACAAGCUGCCUGGCCUUUUAGUCAAUAUUUGCUGCACCUUUCUUCUUUUUGUGCCACUCACUUCUAUAUCCUUUUUGAAAACGUGUUUCAUAAUGUGUUACAUAAUGACAAAUGUGUUACAUAAUGACGUGUUGUUGUUGUUGUAUGACAUGCAAUAUUAUCACAAUAAAUGAUGUAAAUUCUAAAAGA